UUCAGACAGUGUGCUCUUACUAUCUCAUGAAGAUGCUGAGAGAAAGAGGCUACCGCUUCACCACAACAGCUGAAAGGGAAAUUGUAUGUGACAUAAAGGAAAAGCUGUGCUACGUUGCACUGGAUUUCGAACAGGAGAUGGCCACUGCUGCUUCAUCUUCCUCCCUAGAGAAAAGCUACAAACUGCCUGAUGGUCAGGUGAUCACCAUUGGCAAUGAGAGGUUCAGGUGUCCAGAGGCCCUCUUCCAGCCAUCCUUCCUGGGUAUGGAAUCCUGUGGCAUUCAUGAGACCACUUUCAACUGUAUCAUGAAGUGCGAUGUAGAUAUUCGAAAGGACCUGUAUGCCAACACAGUACUGUCUGGGAGUACCACAAUGUACCCUGGAAUUGCUGACAGAAUGCAAAAGGAAAUCACAGCUCUGGCACCCAGUACAAUGAAAAUUAAGAUUAUUGCUCCACCUGAACGUAAAUACUCUGUCUGGAUUGGUGGUUCCAUCCUGGCGUCCCUCUCUACCUUCCAGCAGAUGUGGAUCAGCAAGCAGGAAUAUGAUGAGUCUGGCCCAUCCACUGUCCACCAUAAAUGCUUCUAAAUAGACUGCUAGUAGAUGCACAGCAUUUGCUGCAUGAAUUUUCACUAAUAUAUGUUUGCCUGGGCAAAUUUAUACACUUCAUGCUAGCCUCACAAAACUGGAAUUAUGUCUUCCUUCAAAAGAAACUUGCCCUUGGAAAGUCUGUAUCUGAGACAAAGAUCGGUGCUGGAUUGAGCUGUCACUGAUUUGACCCUGUAUUCAAGUUAACGGUCCCUUGGUGUACAUUUUAGCAUAAUACCCUGUACAUAUCUGAUCUAAACCUUGGUACAGGUGCCAUCACUCCUGUGACAAAAUGCUAGGGUUAACUUGUAUUUGUGGAAGAGAAUCUGCCUGUGACACUGUAGUUCUGGUAGCUGGCUAAUAUUGAUUAGUGGCACCUAAUUUAAACUCUGCAGGGCUUGAGACUGAUUUGUACAGGGUAUUUGAGGUCAGACUUCCAAUACACAAAGCGCUAAGUAUACCAGAUUUUGGUAUAGCGGCUGGUAGGAGUUCAUCAAAGAACUUACUCCUGUUGCUGCCGUUCUAGCAAGGCUGGAAAACAUUACAUCCAAGCCUUAUGAACCAGUUUUCAUUUUCUUUCCCCUCCUGUAUCCCAGCAGAACAUCCUUGGGGCAAAAGUUACUCAACUUGAGUUGCUGCAACUUUGCAUUUACACAUGUAAAUUUUACACCAAGUUUAAUUUAUGUAAGAUUUUUGUAUGUUGCCUUAAUGUUCUCACAUGACAGUAGAAAACCAAAAUUUGUAA